AUGCCUACUAGUACACAAGCUGUUGCUACAUUUUUACCUCGUCAGUAUGCACCUCUGCAAGAAAGCACGAGUAGUGUCAGCUCACAAACAACAGUGAAAGAUAUUACUGUUAAUUUAGACAAUGUGUCUGAAAUUCCUAGUAAUACAAGCAACACAAAUAAUGUUGGGAUAUCGAAAAACGGGAUUUGGAAAAAAGCACUCAUUGGCCUCCUCAUUACAGUGGCUGCUGGAGCAGUUGCUGUUCCACUUGCUCUAAAAUUUGCUACGACAACGCCGUCAACAUCGACAACAAGUACUACUGCAACUACUGCUACGACGACGAUCGUGCCUGGAUCAAUUGCCUUCUGGUCUCUUGAUAACAAUGGUCUUGAUCUCUACAAUAAUUAUAAUGGUAAUCCCGUGGGAAGUCCAACAUAUACGACUAGUUUUCUUGGAUAUGGUGCUGCUAUUAAUCUCGUUCGAUCAUCUUCUCAAUAUAUAAGUAUCACAUCGAGGCAACUCCUUAUGAAUUCGUCGAGUUUUACAAUCGAAGCAUGGAUUUAUCCAAUCAGUUUCACAGGUCUUGACUAUGGUAUAUUUGGUCAAUGUCAAGCAACAACUACGAAUCUUUGCUUGCAUUUCAUGGCUCGAAAUAACCAAUUAUAUUGCGCCUUCUAUUUUAACGAUAUACAAGGUGUAACGACGUUGACGAUGAAUGUCUGGACUCAUGUUGCUUGCGUCUACAAUGCGGCCACUCUCACUCAGCAAGUGUGGCUGAAUGGUGUACUUGACGGCUCACGUACGGGAUCAUCUCUCUAUCAAGGAUCGUCAGGUGCCACAACCAUUGGUGCUACAUUCAAUCCAGGCAGUGCAGCUGGUUUCAAUGGCUACAUGGAUCAAGUAAGCUAUAUAGCUCGAGCCAAGAAUGAUACCGAAAUAUUGAACGAUGCUACUUUGUAUGUCUAUUACUCAUUUGAUAGUGGUUCUCUUAUUGAUGGUGGUCCUAAUGGCAUUAAUGGGACAGCGUCAGGAACUAUAACGAUUAUAACAGGUAGAGUAAAUCAAGCCAUUCAAUUCAGUUCAGGAGCCUAUGUUAGUUACACAUAUGCUCCAUUUUACUUUUUGGGUAUCAAUAAUAAUCCUUUCAGAAGUUGGUGUGUCCACGUUUUAGUAAUGUCCUCAACUGGUAAUAUUAAUGCGCAGUUAUGGAAUGGUGGAACGGUUGGUGCUAGUGGUCCUAUUCUGCCAUUAAAUAGCUGGACACAUAUCGGAUAUACAUAUAGUUCAACUAAUGGUAUUCGAUUAUAUAUUAAUGGUGCUCAAGUCGCGACGACAGGUGCUAUUUCUUUUGCAGCUUCUGGUUCUCCCAUGUACAUUAUAUUUGGUAAUGAUGAUGGACGGACAAGUUACUGCACACCGAAUUAUGGUGGUUCAUUCAACGGUGCUUUGGAUGAGUUUUAUCUAUACAGACGUGAAUUGACGGCUUCACAAGUUUUAGCUUUGGCAAAUCCUUGA